AUGCCUCCCAUGCCUGGUGACUUUGACGACGAAUACAUCGUCAACCCCGGAAGUGGUUUGCGUAGCGAUGGGCAACAUCUUCCUUACCCUGUUGUGGGACAGCUGCCUUACCCCUCUGUACCACAAGAAAUCGAUAUGGGCGACUACAAAGAUCUUCCGCCGCAUGAACGACCUGGGUAUGUUGCAUUCAGAGACGCACACGAUGACGAUGCCGAUCUUGCGUAUGGUACUCUGCCCUUGCCGGAAACCAGAAGGGGUCGUGGUAGUAGCGUGAGUAGUCAGCGGGCACCUUCACCAUCGGCCUACACCACUACCCCUUACCGUUAUCCUGCGUCUGGCCAUCAUCAGGAACCGCAGUAUACGACUUCCAAGCCUCCUUCUGGGCAGUCUCAGCAAUAUCAGUAUUCUCAGACUAGACCUGAUCAGCCAUCAGCACGUCAUGAAUAUAAUACCCAAACGUACAGUCCGGCUGCUGGGAAACAAUCUCAAUCUUCUCUCAAGGCUCAGACUAUUGAUGUGACUCCCGGUAUCUCCAAGCAGACCAACCUUGGUCUGAACGUGCGUAUGGACCGCUUGUCGGUCAGCGGCAAUAGGCCAGACACAGCUGGGACAUUGCCGCCGCCCAGUCCUUUGCUGGAAGCCUAUCGUGGAACAUACCAAUCCGUGUCUCCAAUGAUAGCGCCAAUGAGACUGUCUUCAGACAGUGACAUUGACAAGUUAUCUUCACUCUCGCCUGGUGCGUCCUCAGACGGCAAGCAUCACAGACGUUCCAGAAGCAGUACCAGCAAGAUCGACUUCACCAGCCCUGCCUCAGAANNCCCAAAAAAACGAGCAAGACUCUACGAUGCGGANAAAGAUGCCCUAGCUCUCAAUGAAGCAAUUUCUCAUCACAGAAUUGACGUUGACACAAUCUGCAAGAUCCUUCCCAACCUAACCCACGACCAAAUCCUCGAGUUGCGCAAGGAGUACAAGAAACACGUCAAGGUCCAGGGACGAGGCAUCAACAUCGCCAAACACAUGAAGAUGAAACUUUCCGGCAACUUUGGAAAAGCAGUGUAUGUGUGCGCACUCGGCAGAUACGAGAGCGAAGGCUACUGGGCAAACUUCUGGUACCAGUCACAUAGCAGCCGGCGCGAGUUACUCAUCGAAAGCUUGAUGGGUCGCAGUAAUGCCGAGAUCAGACAAAUUACAGAAUCGUUCAAGGACAAACGCUACAACGAUGACUUGGUUAGAUGCAUGGAGAAGGAGCUCAAGCCAGACAAGUUCCGUGUUGCUGUGCUGACUGCACUCGAGGCCAGGAGACAGGAGGAGAAUGAAGUGUAUCUGAGGCAAUAUGUUGACAAGGAUGUUGAUGUCUUGAAUAGAUGCUUGACGGCCAAGGAAGGUGGAGAAAGCACGAUGUUGGAGAUCGUGGUCAGAAGGAGCGAUGCACAUCUGCGAGAGGUGCUGAAAGCAUAUGAGCGUCGAUUCGGCGUCAAUUUUGCGAGGGAAGCUUUGAAGAAGAGCAACAACCUGGUGGUGAGUCAGAUGUUCUUUCCUUCUAGCACUCACGGUCUGUUCGGGAGUGCCGUACCAAUGACUAGAUGCAUGGUUUUGAGUCUUUCGAGGUUUAUUACUGACCAACCUGAUAGNGGAGAAGUAAUCUGCCACAUCCUCAACGGAGCAAUCAAUCGACCAGCACGAGACGCUCUACUACUUCGCCACGCCAUCGACGACAUCAGCUCCCACAACCGAGACGAAGAGCUACGUUACGAGCUGCUCAUUUCAAGACUGAUGCGAGUCCAUUGGGACCAUGCACACUUGGCUCGUGUGAAGCGCGAGUACGUCGAGAAGUACCACAAGGAGCUUGACCAUGAUAUCGAGGACGCGACCAAGGGCGACUUCAGAGAGUUCAUGUAUGAGAUUUGCAAGGCAUGA